AUGCCGCCAAAAAGAACCAAGGGCUCAACCGCCCUAAAACCUCGAACCUCGAAAUCUAGAAUCACAAAAUCUUCAGCUUCUUCUUCUUCGACAAAAGCAACUCCACGGACUUACACUCCUCGGAAGACAAAAUCUAGAUCAUCUAUUAAAUCCACAGAAAACAUUCCUUCCAGGUCAUCGUCGACAAAUACUAGGCAGGCUGGUGCGGCGUCGUCUCGGCCUAUGAGAACCCGCCAGAAGAAAAAAGUAAGCACAUCAGGAACCUCAAUCUCCACACUCCGCGACUCUCCAGAACCAUCGCAGAGUCCUUCGCCAUCUCCACCAGACCACCACCACCACCAUCACACGACUCGACAAAACGUUGGUAGUGCGGAAGAAGCGACAUGGUUUUAUGGAUUGGACAUUUUUAGAUCCGUUACACAACAUGCACGGGAGUUCCUUUCAGGAUUGGGGUAUGGAUUUGGGAAUAGUGGUAAUAGCGCUUCUGAGAAUAAAUCUACGGGGAAGAAGGUAGGGAGGAAGAGAGGACCGAGGAAGAAGUGA